AUGAGCUCCAGCAAUGACGCGGUGUUCCUGCGUCGCAACAACCAAAUCCAAGAUGCCAUUGACUCGCAGAACAUGAAGCAGGCCUUGCAGCUGAUUGAGAAGCGCAUGAAAAAAGGCGAGAAUACGCAUUUCCUGAAGGCGAGUCAUCUUUAUUGCUGUUCAUUCCGAAUUCACCACUGUCGUGGCGGUGUCAGCUGUAUCGCAGAGACCCUCGCGCUGUGCAACGCCGAUCCACCAAUCUCGGAUUUGGACUCUCUCGACAUACUCCACCGUACGCUACAGAAGAUGGAUGACCAUACCGAGCUUCGGAGCGCGAUAUGGGAACGGGCAGCUAAGACGAAGCCACAAGACCAUGCUCUUCAGAUGAGGUGGUUCAAUUUCGGAUAUGAGGCUGGUGACUGGAAGUCAGCCCAGAAAGCCGCCAUGAGUCUUCAAAAGAACUUUCCUCGGGAGCGGAAGUACUAUUUCUGGGCUAUUUUCCUUUGUUAUCUCGUUUCAGAUGACGAGGCUAGCUCGGACAUGGACCGCAAGUUGUUUGGGACACUUGCCUAUCGCUUUGCUCAAAAGACAGUAGAUGAGGUCCCCUCUAACCCGACCGAAUUGCUAAGCCCCCCGAGAGCCAUACAAACCGCCGAGGAACUUCUCUUGGUUUUUCGAAUCUUCGAGUCGCAGAGCCGUUGGGAAGAGAUUGUGCAGGUUCUUAAUAGAGAGAAUGUUGGUCUCAGCUCUCGGAUUGUUAAUAACGACCGAAGCUUUAUGUUAGCCAAAGUCACUGCCUUGGGAGCUGCAGGACUCUGGGAAGAAGGGCACUCAUACGCGAAAAGUUUGCUCGCCGUGUCCGAAAAUGAAUCAGAGCGCAAUACUCUGCAUGAGCGCGAUGAUUGGAAAUACUGGAAUUUGCUCAUCGCAGCCGUGCGACACCUUGAUAAAAGUCCAGGACUACUCUCUGAAACCCAACAGCAUAUCGAGAAGUUCAUCGAAUUCAUCCCAAAGUCCCGUAAUGCACACAUUGCUCUCAUGGACACAGCCCUAACCGGGUUUAAACGAGGCGAGCGGACAGAGGAUGAUCUGGUUGCUGCGUGUCAAAGAUACUUUGACCAACACAAGCACAAGCUCUAUGCCUUUAAAGACUUGCGAGGGGCCUUGGAGACCCGUGAUGGCGCUUUGAUUCACCGAGUAUCUCAAGAUUGCAUGGACAGUGUCGAAGGGAACACCGAUGAUGCCAUUCCAUUGAUUAAUGCGUACAAGCUGCAAUACUGCGACCGGAUUUCAGGCAACAACAGCGCAUCGAAGUCCAGUAUUGAGACUCUUGUCCGCAAUUGCAUUUACUUUUAUGAUGCAUUCACCCUUCUAGCAAAGACCCAGGACCGAGAGAAAGAAAGCCAACCAGAUACUGCUUCCACGAUGGAGAGUCGGCCUACGGAUGACUUCUGCAUUAUUGCCGCCAUGGCUCUUCUUCAGCCUAGCCAGGAAUCAGAGAAAGUCAGCAACACUGCCCUGAUUCGCGCAGCCGGGAUUCUGGAACACCUUCUAAUCGAUUCGCCUCAUAACUACGAGGCGAUUCUUAUGUUGAUUCGCAUUUAUCUUCUUCUCGGUGCUGGCUCCAUUGCUUUGAGGUGGUUUAGCAAACUGUCUGUCAAGCAAAUGCAGUAUGAAAGUGUUGCUCAUAAUCUCUUCACCCGCUUUGCCACCAUCCACCCUCAUGCCGCGCCUCCUAUCGAGGGGGCAGAGUACAAGGACUUUGACCCGCAAGCUACAUUUAUUGCCGCUCUUGACUUUUAUCGCAAUGCGAACUUUACUAUCAAGAACUCCUUGAUCAAAGGACUCAAUGAUGGCGUUUAUGUCAAUCUAGACGACACCAUCGAGCUUCAAAAACGUAUCAGGGACAGCAUCUGCCGGAGAAUGUGGGCUCUGGACUUACGGCGGAUGCAAAGAAUCCGCAAAGGAACCCACUUGGCCCUCCACGAGAACAUCGGUCAGCAAUUUUCGCCCUCUCAUAUAUUCCUGAUAUACUUAAAUACUGAUUACCCUAUAGCACAGGAUACGUCGCCGGCUCGAGACCAGCGGAAGUAUGACGGUUUCAUGAACUUGGAACGUUGUGAACAAUCUCCAUUUGAGCACAGACUGCGCACAGGCCCGAUUCCCGGGGAAAACUGGUUAGCAUCCGCCCGGCUCACUGAUCGACUUUUCAGCGUUCUCGAGAGCAUUGGCAGUCAAAAGCCCCUUGUCUUGAAGCUAGACCUGCCCGCAAUCGGCGAAUUGUCGCUCUCCCAGACUGAUGAUGAUCACACUGACGCCGAGAGGGAUGCAACCAAGAUUCACUUAGAAUUGUUGAAAGUGGCUAUGUUUAUGGCUGGAUCCAAGGCCCAUACUGCUACCGAAAUUGAGGCCGCUCUUGGCGAGGUAGAGAAUUGGUUGAAGGUCAAGAAACAGGAUCUAGCCCUCGAUGACACUAAGAAAUCUCCUCUUAUUAAGAGAACGACUAUCGAGUUCACCCCAGGUACCCCAGGUGCACCAACAUGGGAAUAUUUCCAUGCCAUCUGGAUCCUCGUGGAGACCCUCAAGGCUCUAUGGAAUAUUUUCGACUUGGAUUCUCGAAAGUCCAUAAAGACUGCUAAACUCCAUGCCGAGAAAAUGAAGCGACUCAAUAUUCUUGUCCGUGAAGUUUUCGAGGACAUCCGCUCGAACACCCGAAGUUUGAAACAGAGUCUUAUCGAAUCAGCUACUCUCAGUACACUCAUCGACAUGGUCAAGUGUGGUGAUACAACUGAUGAAUACGAGAAGCCUCUUCAAGAUGUUAUAGAAAAGACGAUGGACGACUCCGCGCUCGAAUUAUUCUGCGGAGAGCUGAGGGAGAGCUGGGAGGAGGCACUUGAUGGAGUGCUGGCUGCCAAGCUUUAA